AAUUGCAUUACGCUAAUCAAAUAUCGCGUUUUACCUCGAUUGAUCUCGGAAAUUGCGACUUGCAGAGGCACGCGGUUGUCCUAGGUAUAAUGUGUUGUCUCGUCACGGCCGAGUCGCCGGUCCAAGUCGGUGUGAAACCGACGAACGUGAUAGGCAGCCCGGAGCAGCACGCCUCCUUCAGCUUCGUCCGACCGGGACUAACGCAAACGUCGUUCGCGUUCGCCGGGCCGAGCUCCCAUCAAUCGUUCGCCGCCAGCAUCGGCAAUCCUCAGCUAGCGCAAAAGGUCCAGCCGAGUAUCGCUCACGCUCUCGCCCAGCGGAAUCCUGGCCUAGGGUAUUACGCACUCGGUCCCGCUGCGAGCGGGGUCACUGGGGUCCUUCCGAAUUUUGCGCCCGGUCCGUUGACGUAUCAGGCCCAGACCGUGGAUCCCGCGAUCGCGCUGACGUACGGGCAACAAUUGCAGCAGCCGCAGCAGGCGUACCUGCAAGCGUAUCAGCCGGGCGCCGCAAUUUAUCAAUCGCAAUUGGGGCAGCUGCUCGGCCUUCGCCUGGCACAAUUGGCCCAGGCUCAGCAAGGGCAGCUGCACGCGAUUCCGUCGGAACAGGUGCCCGAGGAGCAAACUCACUUGCAGCGGCAAUUCGUCAAUCAACAGCAAGCGGAACGACAAUCGCAGAAUUUGCUGGGCGUCGCUUAUUCGUCCGCCCCGUCGGUCGCGCGCGUAAAAGUCUCCGGCAAUGGAUACAAGUUCGAUUUCUGAGCCUGAGUGUUACCGCGCUUGCUACAAGAGUAAUUUUUUGUCGGACGAUUUAUAAUUAAAAUGUAAUUAAUGCAGAAUACGUGCUCAUAUUUAUUUGUUACAUAACGAUAUCGCGAAUAAGUUGUCUGUAUGUAUACUCGAAUAUUUCAUAUAUUAAUUAAACGUGAUACAAUAAUCAGUGAUAAUAUCACAGCUAUUUUUGUAAAAAGAAAACUAAUCGACUAGUGUAAAAUUCAAAGAUAUCUUAUUCAACAAGCUCCUUCUGUAAACUCUUAAUAAAAUGGUACGGCAUUCUUCAAGACGCA